UCUUAUUCACUUCGUUCCUGCUUUGUUUGAAAAUGGCGGUGUACGAAGUAUUUUCUCAUCCAGAACUUCGACGUUACAAAACCCAUAUCUGUUCCAAGGCAUCUAUAAUUUUAGUUGUGUUGUUGUUUGUUACAGUAAUCCCUCCACUUUUCGUUGUUUAUAGGAGUUAUGGAUUUUGGUUAAAGGAAGGUUUUUAUGAGGAAACACCUGACAUAGAGUUUAAGAGGCAGCUACUCCUGGUUUUAGAGCUAGAAAAUGAAGGCGAUUUUAUUACCUAUAGUACUUACCAAAGAUAUAACCAACUUCAACAACAAAAUCUACGAGUACCACUGAUUCAAUCAAGAGAAGAGGAUUGGAAUAGAGACGGUAAAGCUGAUGGAUUAGAUUUACAUUUAGAAAUGCCACUUCAGGACACAGAAAAGGUCACCGGAGUGAAACUGAUUCUUAUUUUCCAAUACAAGUUAUUUAGGUAUUCCACUUUCACCAUGGAAUGCAUGGCAUAUAUAUAUCAUGAUUCUGCCAAAGCUGGAUCUAAAUAUGAUGUUUUUGGAGAUCUAAAAAUGAGUCAAAGAACACCAUUAGCUCACAGAGGAACUGAUAACAGAUUUGAUACUCCAGUUGUUAAUUCUUCAAGUGUUUAUGCUAAAGAUUAUGAAUUUUCCAAAAUAUUUAAAGAAUACACAGGAAGGAAUGUAACAACAUAUCUGCAGGCUCCAUACACAUCUUGGAUUACAGGACGAGGUGCUGGCCAACCAUUUGUCAUCAGUGCCAAUAUUACUUAUCCAGAAGAGAGAUAUCUGUACACAACAGGAUUCUGGUAUAUGAUAAAGUGGGGCUGGAUCCAAUAUGUCUCAGUUCUACUCAUAUUCCUCUUCCUCUUUGAUAGAGUCAAAGUUUUUAUCUAUCAGAACCAACUGGUACAAACUAUUGUUGAAACUCCUUUCCGCAAAGAGAAAAUGCAGUGAUGAAUGUUUUACUUAGAUUUAAAGACAAUUUCAAGAAUGGUGAUAACUGAAAGGAAACAAUGAUCUGGAUAAUUCAAUUUGUUUACAAUUAUGGCAGCAAGAAAAUACAGAAUUGACUGAUGUGCAUACCUUUUACAACAAUAUCAAUUCUAAUGAUGAGUGACUAUUGAAAUGAAAAAAGUGAAGAAUCAGAAUUAAUAUUAAAUAUUUGGACUGUUAUUAUGUAUUAGAGGUUCAUUCAUCUGUCUUAGUUAUACAGAUUUUGUAUGGUGCGCUUUGGGAAUAUGACAAACAGUAAUCUGUCAGCAUAAAAGCAGCUUUCAAAAAACUAUUUAGCCUUGCAAAAUUUUUCAUCAACUUAAUCUGUCAGAUUUUAUAAUGAAAAAAAACCUCUAAAUUUAAUUAGAUUUAAUUU